AUGUGUUUUUGUAUCAAUUAUCGACGUUUAAAUGCUAUUACAAUUAAAGAUGCAUUUUCACUUCCUCGAAUCGAUGAAAUUUUUGAUGAAUUAUCCAAUGCAAUGUAUUACACUAAAUUUGAUUUUAAAUCAGAUAAAUAUGAAAUUGCUCGAACUCAAACAGAUUAUCUUGGAUAUAAUGUAAAAAAUGGUGAAAUUCGUCCAAGUCCUCAUAACAUAAAUGGUUUAUUAAAUACAAGAUUACUACAAACUUCAGAUGAAGCUUGCAAACUUGUGAAAGCAGCUGAAUAUUAUAGAAAAUUUAUACCAAAUUUUUCUCAAAUCGCCAAAUCACUUAGAAAAUUCGUACCAACUACACGAAAUCAACAAAGGAAAGGACAAAAACAAUUUCUUACAACCAAUUUAGUUUUACGACUUCGAAAUAAUAGAUUCCCUUUUAAAGUGCAAACAGAUACUUCAGAUGAGGAAAUCGGUGCAGUUUUAUUACAAAUCUAUCCAGAAGAAGAUAGACCUAUCGCAUAUCUUUCCAAGAAAUUUACUCAAGCACAACACCAAUGGCAUAACUUUUUAAGUGUAAUUAAACUUAUAUGGGAAACUGAUCAUAAACCAUUAACACAAUUAAAUCAAAAAGCUCAAAUUAAUAAACGAUGUGGACGAUGGAGAUUAAAAAUUUUAGAAUGUAAUUUCAAGGUGAAAUACAUUCCAGGUUUAACAAAUUCUAUGCCUGAUUAUUUAUCAAGAUCUCCAAUUCAUGAUGCUGAAGAAGAUCUCGAUGAAAUUAAACAUCUUAUUUCAACAUCAACACAAACCGAUUUUUUAAAUGUUAAUAAUCAUUCAUCUAUCGUUACAGCUGUUCAACCUCGUGCUAUGAAACCAAACUUCAAAUGA